CCACGCAUAUAAUACGCGGCACGGUCAAGAUCUUGCCCAUGCAGCUGAAAAAUCUCUCAUCGUCGUAACGUGCUACUUGGACUGGCUGAGCCAACGAUGAUUGCAGCUGAAACGUCGUUGUUUAACAUCCCCUCAACCAGCCUCAUGGCGACGACUAGGGAGAAUGCCGCACCAACACCUCAUCGGCGCCCUAGGUUAAACUCGACUAAUGACAAACCGCUUUUGCAGAUCCGGAGCCACUCUCAAUCCCGAUUGAGCCCUUCGCAAAGACUUCACCACCGCACGCGGGGGGGAGCGUUACCUCGGCACCCUCGAGCAGUACUUCAGCGCACCUGGGUCCUCCCACUAGCUCUCACCCUCGUUGUCAUCGCAGUCUACGUUGCAGACCCGAACGAAUCGAAUGUCGCACAUAAAUUCCUGUUUCUUUCAUACAAGCUCGACGAUCAACACGAACACGUCCAAUACGGGAAGGGCCCCCGCGAUAUAGCCUUUGUCAGCUUCUACACUGUCUUUCUCACUUUCAUUCGCGAGUUCAUCAUGGCGAUGGUACUACGGCCACUGGCUCGUUAUUGCGGGAUCAGGUCCCGGGCUAAGCAGGCACGGUUCAUGGAGCAAAUGUACACGGUCUGCUAUUUCGCCUUUGCGGGACUGCUCGGGCUGUACACGAUGAAGCAGUCUCCAGGACUGUGGUACUUUCGGACGAGGGGGAUGUACGAAGGCUAUCCGCACGUGGUUCACACCGCCGUCUUCAAGUUCUACUACCUAUUUCAGGCCGCAUACUGGGCGCAGCAGGCAAUCGUCAUGGCCCUGGGCCAAGAGAAGCCACGCAAGGACUUCAAGGAGCUCAUGGCCCAUCACAUCCUCACGCUGACAUUGAUCUUCCUGAGCUACCGCUUCCACUUCACCUACAUUGGUAUUUUUGUCUAUAUCACACACGAUAUCAGCGACUUGUUCUUGGCGAUAUCCAAAACCCUGAACUAUCUCGACCACCCUGCCCAGUACGCCACCUUCGCCCUCUGCAUCGCCCUCUGGGUCUACCUGCGCCAUUACCUCAACCUGGCCAUCCUGUACUCCGUCGCCACCGAGUACAGCGCAGUCGGUCCGUUCGAGCUGGACUGGGCUGCCCAACAGUACAAAUGCCGGGUGGCGCAGCUUGGGACGCUGGCACUGUUGGCCGCCCUGCAGGGGUUGAACUUGUUUUGGCUCCGCUGUCUGCUGCGGACGGCAUACCGAUACGUGGUGUCGGGGGUCGCGAAGGACGAUCGAUCGGAAGCAGAGGAAGAAGAGGGAGAGGCAGGAGCUGAGAGCAAGGUUGGUGAGGGAAUGGGUGGCCUAGAAGGGAACAAGAGUCAAGAUUUGCGGUAAUGGAUGGCGCGAUGGUGGCAGAGAUGAUAGGAGCACGGUUGUCUUGUGCAGAAAUAUUGGUCGGCUGGGGGGCUCAAAUGACCCAACAACUAUCCCAUCAUCGUAUGUGCCUAGAGGUAAUUAUUAUCUGAUCACAAUGCAAUGCAAACCGACAGAGCUUCCCUAGUUCCUCACAGAAAGCUCCGGGUGGGAGUUGGCCAAUGCCCGACCACAGAUUGACCGCAGAGACACA